CCCCCCACAAUGCAGUUCGCGGCGCGGCGGACAUGGCGGUGGAGUCCUGAGCUCGUCGUGUCCCGGCCUCCAGCGGCGGCGGCAGUGACGGCGGCGGCGGCAGCGGGAGGCGGCGGGGGGAGCGGGAGCCACUGAGAUGAGGAGGCGCCGCGCGCGCCUGUAGCUCGCGGGCCUCUCAGAGAAUGUCAAUCUGGACAGAGAUCAAGGCAGAGGAUACAUACUGCUUUACUACAGUAGGAAUUAUAAAACUUAGGUGCACGUUGAGUAAGAUGUUGUGGUGGAGACAUAGCUAGUUUGUUUGCCUAAUCUGGACUUGAAGCAAUUCAACUACUAGAAAUCUGCCAUUUUACAGUAUCACAAUUGGGAAGAAGCAGGUUUUCAAAUAAUGGAAGAGUCUAAGACCUCUAAAAAUGAAAAUCAUGAACCAAAGAAGAAUGCUUGGGCUCUUUCUGAAGAAAGCAAAGCAGUUAAAGUUAUAUCUAAUCAAACUUUGAAAGCUAGAAAUGAUAAAUCCAUAAAAGAAAUUGGGACCAGCUCUCCAAAUAGGAAUAGUAGUAAAAAAAAUAAGCAAAAUGAUAUUUGUAUAGAAAAGACAGAAGUUAAAUCAUGUAAAGUAAAUGCUGCCAACGUAGCAAGUCCUAAAGAUUUGGGAUUAGUCCUUCGAGAUCAAAGUCAUUGCAAAACAAAAAAAUCACCUAAUUCACCGGUAAAAGCAGAGAAGGUACCUGUUUCACAGGCAAAAGCAGAAAAGUCACCAAAGUCAUCUAAUUCACCAGUGAAAACAGAAAAGACAUCCAGCUCCCAGGCAAUAGCAGCAGAAAAGGCACUUAGUUCACAGAGGAAAACAGAAAAAGUACCCAUUGCUCAGAUGAAAUCAGAAAAGGUCCCUGGUUCGCUAACAGAACCAGAGAAGGCACCCAGUUUACCGUUUAAAGAAAACAUGCGACAGAUAGAAUUACAGCAGAUUGGAAGAAAAAUUCCAAGUUCCUUUACUUCUCUGGACAAAGUGAAUAUUGAUGUUGUAGAGGGAGAAAAAUCUGCUUUGGAAAACUCACCACGAUCUCAGAAGCAACAAGCAUGUACAGAUAAUACUGGUGAUUCUGAUGAUAGUGCUUCGGGAAUUGAAGACAUAUCAGAUGAUUUGAGUAAAAUGAAGAAUGAUGAAUCUAAUAAAGAAAAUUCUUCAGAGAUGGACUAUUUAGAAAAUGCUACUGUGAUAGAUGAAUCUGCAUUGACACCUGAGCAGAGGCUAGGCUUGAAACAAGCAGAAGAACGCUUAGAAAGAGAUCACAUCUUUCGACUUGAAAAACGCUCACCAGAAUAUACCAAUUGCCGAUAUCUAUGCAAACUUUGCUUAAUUCACAUUGAAAACAUCCAGGGAGCUCAUAAACAUAUAAAGGAGAAACGACAUAAGAAAAAUAUUUUGGAAAAACAGGAAGAAAGUGAGCUUCGUUCUCUGCCACCUCCUUCCCCUGCCCACUUGGCUGCUUUAAGUGUUGCUGUUAUUGAAUUAGCAAAAGAACACGGAAUAACAGAUGAUGACCUCAGAGUCCGUCAGGAAAUUGUGGAGGAAAUGUCAAAGGUUGUAACAACAUUUUUACCAGAGUGUUCACUUAGGUUGUAUGGCUCAUCUCUGACUAAGUUUGCUCUGAAAAGUAGUGAUGUUAAUAUAGAUAUAAAAUUUCCUCCCAGGAUGAAUCAUCCAGAUCUUCUGAUACAAGUGCUUGGGAUUUUAAAAAAAAGUGUAUUAUAUAUAGAUGUGGAAUCUGAUUUUCAUGCCAAAGUUCCUGUUGUGGUGUGCAAAGAUCGGAAAAGUGGUUUACUUUGUAGAGUGAGUGCAGGAAAUGAUAUGGCAUGCCUCACUACUGAUUUACUUGCUGCUCUUGGCAAGGCGGAACCUGUUUUUACUCCUUUGGUGUUAGCCUUUCGCUACUGGGCUAAGUUAUGCUAUAUUGACUCCCAAACUGAUGGCGGAAUCCCUUCUUACUGUUUUGCUUUAAUGGUGAUGUUUUUUCUACAACAAAGAAAACCCCCUCUUCUUCCUUGCUUACUUGGAAGUUGGAUUGAAGGCUUUGACCCAAAAAGAAUGGAUGACUUUCAGCUGAAGGGCAUAGUAGAAGAGAAGUUUGUGAAGUGGGAAUAUAAUUCAAGUAGUGCAACUGAGAAAAACUCAAUUGCUGAGGAAAACAAAGCUAAGGCAGACCAACCAAAAGAUGAUACCAAGAAGACAGAAACAGACAACCAAAGUAAUGCCAUGAAGGAAAAACAUGGCAAAUCUCCUUUAACAUUGGGAACACCAAAUCAGGUAUCCCUGGGACAAUUAUGGUUAGAGCUGCUAAAAUUUUACACACUGGAUUUUGCUUUGGAAGAAUAUGUCAUAUGUGUACGGAUACAAGAUAUUUUAACAAGAGAAAACAAAAACUGGCCUAAAAGGCGAAUAGCCAUUGAAGAUCCAUUUUCAGUUAAGAGGAAUGUUGCACGGAGCUUAAACAGCCAGCUUGUUUAUGAAUACGUUGUGGAGAGAUUCAGGGCAGCUUAUCGGUAUUUUGCCUGUCCUCAGAGGAAGGGUGGAAAUAAAUCUACAGUGGAUUCCAUGAAAAAAGAGAAGGGGAAAAUAAGCAAUAAGAAACCAGUGAAGUCUGACAAUAUGGCAUCCAAUUGUUGCAUUCUACAUGGAGAAAGCACAGAAAAAAUAAAUGCAGAAAGAGAUCAACCUGAUAAAUACGAUGAAAUGGAAUGUACAUCACAGAGAUGUAUUACUGAAGAUGACAGUUUGUUGGUAAAUGAGCUAGAUUUGGCUGAACUUGGACAGGAAUCUUCAUCUCUUUCUACCAGUGGAGGCAGUGAAUUAGAGCCAAAAUCAAUUAAGAAACAAGAUGAUUUAGCACCGUCAGAAACCUGUCUAAAAAAGGAACUCAGCCAGUGUAAUUGCAUUGGUUAUAAAUCCCCUGACCCAGAUGAAUCUUCUGGUACAGACUGCCAGUCAAAUAUAGAAACAGAGAGUUCACAUCAGAUUGUGAGCACUGACACAUCUGCUACCUCCUGCAACUGCAAAGCUACAGAAGAUGCUUCUGACUUUAAUGAUGAUGAUAACCACCCCACCCAGGAAUUAUAUUAUGUGUUUGAUAAGUUUAUUUUAACCUCUGGCAAGCCACCAACGAUAGUAUGCAGCAUCUGCAAAAAAGAUGGCCAUUCAAAAAAUGAUUGUCCAGAGGAUUUCAGGAAAAUUGAUCUAAAACCUCUACCACCAAUGACAAAUCGAUUUCGGGAAAUACUUGAUUUAGUAUGUAAAAGAUGUUUUGAUGAGUUAUCACCACCCUUUUCUGAACAACACAACAGGGAGCAAAUUUUAAUUGGCUUGGAAAAGUUUAUUCAAAAAGAGUAUGAUGAAAAGGCCAGAUUGUGCUUAUUUGGCUCUUCUAAGAAUGGAUUUGGAUUUCGUGAUAGUGAUCUGGAUAUUUGUAUGACCCUGGAAGGCCAUGAAAAUGCAGAGAAAUUAAACUGUAAGGAAAUAAUUGAAAAUUUGGCAAAAAUUCUUAAGAGACAUCCAGGUUUAAGAAACAUUUUGCCUAUAACUACUGCCAAAGUGCCUAUAGUAAAAUUUGAACAUAGACGAAGUGGUUUAGAAGGCGAUAUCAGUUUAUAUAAUACAUUGGCUCAACAUAACACAAGAAUGCUAGCUACUUAUGCAGCUAUUGAUCCUAGAGUACAAUACUUGGGAUAUACUAUGAAAGUAUUUGCAAAGCGAUGUGACAUUGGAGAUGCUUCCAGGGGAAGUUUAUCUUCAUAUGCUUAUAUCCUUAUGGUGCUGUACUUUCUGCAGCAGAGAAAACCACCUGUUAUCCCAGUUCUACAAGAGAUCUUUGAUGGAAAACAGAUUCCACAGCGAAUGGUUGAUGGAUGGAAUGCAUUUUUCUUUGAUAAAACAGAAGAGCUGAAAAAGCGUUUACCUUCACUUGGAAAGAAUACAGAAACGUUAGGAGAGCUUUGGUUGGGACUGCUUCGCUUUUAUACUGAAGAGUUUGAUUUCAAGGAAUAUGUAAUUAGCAUUCGGCAGAAAAAGCUGUUGACAACUUUUGAGAAGCAGUGGACAUCCAAAUGCAUUGCAAUUGAAGAUCCUUUUGACUUGAAUCAUAACCUUGGUGCUGGAGUUUCUAGGAAAAUGACCAAUUUUAUCAUGAAGGCAUUUAUCAAUGGAAGGAAACUUUUCGGUACCCCCUUUUAUCCACUCAUUGGCAGAGAAGCUGAGUACUUCUUUGAUUCCAGAGUAUUAACAGAUGGAGAACUGGCUCCCAAUGACCGAUGCUGUCGUGUGUGUGGAAAAAUAGGCCACUACAUGAAAGACUGCCCUAAAAGGAGAAGCAGUUUACUGUUUAGACUAAAGAAGAAAGACAGUGAAGAAGAGAAGGAUGGGAAUGAAGAGGAGAAAGACUCCCGAGAUCUUCUUGAUCCCCGAGACCUCCAUGACACUCGGGAGUUUAGAGACCCCAGAGACCUCAGAUGCUUCAUAUGUGGAGAUGCUGGACAUGUACGAAGGGAGUGCCCAGAGGUCAAGCUGGCCCGUCAGAGGAAUAGCAGUGUGGCUGCAGCCCAGUUGGUCCGCAACCUCGUAAAUGCCCAACAAGUGGCUGGUUCAGCCCAGCAACAGGGUGAUCAGUCCGUAAGGACUAGACAGUCCUCAGAAUGUUCUGAUUCACCAUCGUAUUCUCCUCAGCCCCAACCAUUUCCACAGAACUCAUCCCAGUCAGCUGCCAUUACCCAGUCUCCAUCCCAGCCAGGAUCCCAACCCAAGCUUGGCCCACCUCAGCAGGGAGCCCAGCCCCCACAUCAGGUCCAGAUGCCUAUGUAUAACUUUCCCCAGUCACCACCAGCUCAGUAUUCUCCCAUGCACAAUAUGGGACUGUUGCCAAUGCACCCUCUCCAGAUCCCUGCCCCGUCCUGGCCUAUUCACGGCCCAGUGAUCCACUCUGCACCAGGCAGUGCCCCCAGCAAUAUUGGCCUGAACGAUCCCAGCAUCAUCUUUGCACAGCCUGCUGCCAGACCUGUGGCGAUCCCUAAUUCCUCUCAUGAUGGACACUGGCCUCGUACUGUGGCUCCAAAUUCCCUGGUGAACAAUGGUACAGUGGGAAAUUCGGAGCCAGGCUUUCCAGGACUAAAUCCUCCAAUUCCUUGGGAACAUGCACCACGUCCCCAUUUCCCUCUUGUCCCAGCUUCGUGGCCUUAUGGUUUGCAUCAAAACUUCAUGCAUCAGGGAAAUGCCAGAUUUCAGCCCAACAAACCGUUCUAUACUCAAGACAGAUGUGCCACCCGUCGGUGUAGAGAGCGUUGUCCCCACCCACCAAGAGGAAACGUGUCGGAGUAAUGCGAGUCCAUUUUCUUUCAGCUGGUCUACCGAUGCACAGCAACCAGCCAAUCCUGCUGUCUCAAGGGUAUCCGUACCUCAAUGUCAGUUACAUUCAGCAGAAAAAGUGACAUUUAAUGGAAAGCAAAACAAAUCAGGUCCUGAUUUAAAAUUUUAACACGUUUAGAUAGCUUAUUUAAAUUCUAAGACUGUUUUUAAAGACUGUAUUAUUUGUAUAUAAAUAUGAACUAUAGUUUUUACUAGUAUCACCAAAUUGAGUGAUACAAAUUUCAUCUAUUUUAUUACCCUAUUUUUAAGGGAAUUUUAUGUUUUGUUUAAUCUUGAUGAAUUGUAUAAAGAGAGAAUUUAAAAAAUUACAUUCUUUAUUUUCUAUUAGCUGUAUUCAUACUUUGGUUGCUUCAGACUUUAUAUAUAUUGUUCUUAAGAAUUAGGAAAAACUUUCAUGUGUUUUAAAUUUGUCACUUCUCUUCUUUACAGAACCUUGUAGUGCCAAAAACUUUUUAAAAGCUGAAAAAAAAAAAAAUAAAAUAAAACUACAACGUGAAGAUUCAGAAUUUUUUCUUUUACAUUCUUGUAUAUUGAAAAUAUUCAAAAUUGAACAGAAAGUUGCUUUUGUCUGUAUUUGAAGUAAUUCUAUUUUAAGUUAAUAAAUCUUUUUGACAAGCGUCAAA